AGCCGCACUCGCGCGCCGAUGCCCGCUGUAUACUCACGACCGAACGAUUGACGCCCGCGCUCGGUGUCGUAUUACCGCUCUAAAUAUAUCUCGCGAGCGCGAUCGCCUAUUUGGAAACGUUCGCGCGCCGUGUUUUGAUCCAGUGAUUGACAGUGCCGAGUGAAGAAUCUCUAAUUGACGAGAUCGUCCGUCGAUAUGGCACAGUUGAUAACUGUGCGACUAAAUAAGUCGGACCAGCAGCCGCUGGGAUUUCGUUUGCAAGGAGGAAAAGAUUUUGGCACUCCACUUGUUGUCCAAAAGGUAAACGGUGGCAGCGCGGCGGAACGAGCUGGGCUGCAGGCGGGCGAUGCGCUGAUCCGCGUCAACAACACCGACGUGUACACGCUGCGGCACCAGGAGGCGCAGGACACCAUUCGAGCCGCGGGCCCUGCACUCGAACUCACCGUGCAACGUGGCGGUGGUACCUGGAGGCCGGCGGUCACACCGACAGGCAGCCUGCCUCGCCCCGGCACGCGUCCUCUUGGCGCGAGUCCAGUCCCAGUCACAACAACAUCUCUCAAGGCCACUCCUCAGCCAUCACGCAACUUCGGUUCCGGGCACAACAGCGUUGCCAAACCUUUUGGUUAUAUGAAUGGCAGUGAUUCAGUGAAGAGUAUUGUAAAUAAGCAAUACAACACACCGGUAAACAUGUACAGCGACAAAACGAUUGCCGAAACACUUUCGGCGCAAACUGAAGUCUUAGCAGGAGGAGUUCUUGGGGUUAACUUUAAGAAAAAUGAAAAGACCUACGAUGCUGAGAAAAGUGCUGUCUUCAAAGUACUGCAAGAGGAGCAAAACGACCCGGAGCCAGUGCCCGAAGUGUCUCCGGGUGCGACGACGCCCGUGAGCGGCUUGCGGCACGUGUCGGCGCCCGUCGCGCGGCCGGACGCGCCCGUCAACAACACGGGCGGCCUGCCGCCCGGCCAGAACAUUUGCGAGGAGUGCGAACGACUCAUUACUGGCGUAUUCGUACGCAUCAAAGACAAGAACAUGCACGUGGAGUGCUUCAAGUGCUCGACGUGCGGCUCGUCGCUCAAGAACCAGGGCUACUACAACAUCAACGGCAAGCUGUACUGCGACAUUCACGCCAAGCUUGUCGCGCGUCAGAACCCGCCCGCUGCCAACCUCGAGCCCGUCACCGUUCCGCCUGGCGGCCGAAUCCCAGCAAACGCUUAUUCGACUCCGUUACCUCCGCUUUCGACAAACAACUACACCAAUGGCUCAAAUUCGAUGUUUAGCGUAAGUAUCCCUUUCAAUUAUUUAGACAAACGUUUUCUAACACCAGUUAAGGUAUUAAUCUUCUGUAUUAAUAAAAACGAAUACCCAAUUGUGUUUGUUAAGCACAAAAGUCGAAAACGGUGGAACCGAUUAGGACCAUCCAGCACGGCGUCGGGCCCGAAGCCGUUCGGCUCGUCCGUCGGGUCGGCGUACUCGCCGGCGUCGCUGUCCCCGCGCUCGGCGCCGCUGUCGCCCGCGCGGCCCGCGCACACUCUCGCGCCCGCGCACACACACGCGCCCGCGCACACACUCGCGCACGCGCACACGCCCGCACCCGCCGCUACGCCCUUCGCUCCCACUAAAAACCUAAAAAGCAUUGUGUGGCCCCCACCAAAUCAUCCAGACGAAGAAUCUGAUAGAGAAAUAACUUCAAAUUCUAAUACACCUCACAACGAUCCUUCUACCUUGGCUCGAGACUCGUUAGUUAUGAUGACAGAUAGUAAUUUGAAUUACAUUAACAAAAUGAAACCAGCGGAGGAAAAUGUUUCAUCAUCUAAACAAAUGACAGAGCUAUCAUCAGAUACUAAAUUUGAAUCAGCAUUGAUGGCUACCACGCAAGCAACGUCUAAAUCUGAAUUUGUAGUACAAAGUCAAAAAUCUCAAAUGAUACAAGAAAUGUCAAGUUGCACAGUUCAGUCUUUCUCGGAACAGGCAACAUCUGAAAGUCAAAAUUAUUCAUUAUAUCAACAUAAAGCCAGUGACAAAUUUGAUGCUAAUGCACAAAUUACCAAAAAAAGUCUUGAACAACUGAUUGAUUCUCAAGAGAACCAAUCACUUUCUUCAAUGAAAAAUGAAUUUAAUGUAUCUAAUGUCACAGAAAGAAUACCGCAGGACAUUACGAUAACAAAUCAAAAAGAGUUUAAUAAAGGUUGUAAUAUACAGUUAUCAGAAGUUAAACAACAAACAUCCUUCAAAUCAACUGAAACUGGAAAUAAAGCAAGUGAAUUAUCAUCAAAAACCUUUAAGCCAUUACCAACUCAGAACAACCCUCCUAUGAAAAUGGGAAGUAAAUCAGAAAAUAAAGAAAACUCGUCGUCUUUCACGUCUAAGCCAUCCCCAAAUAUAAAAGUGAAAACCGUUUCUUCUUUUAAAGUAAAACCUUCGAAGGCAGAUGAUAAUCUAACAACACAAAAAGGUCCUGUAACAGAAAGACGAUCUUUGAUAGAUGCAUUAACUAUAGCUCCAGAUAGACCGUAUAGCCCUUUGUCAUUUAAUAUACCAAAUCCAAUAUCGACACCUUUAGAUCAAGCUCAGAUAUCAAAUUCAGAACUUAUUCAUCCAAUGCCAACACAAACUACUACUUCCUCAACUUUUAGUCAAUCUGAUCAAAGUCAAUUUAGUCACGAAAAUAGACAAAAUACUAACACGUUCCCAAUUUCUUCUGAACCAUCUGCUUUUAAACCAGUGAGUAAACAAACAUUUCCACCACCACAACCCGAAGAAUUUUCUGAAGUUUGUAAAACUGCUUAUAAAGACACAAAAAGUUCUGCUUUGCAAAAUCAACAGCAAAGCUUUUCGCCGAUAACAUGUCAAAACUAUGCUAUACAAUCAAAUAAACAAAAUACAUUAUCAUCUUCAGAGGUAACAAUAAAAUCCGGUGUGCAUAGAUCAGAAAGUAUUCCUCCUUACAAGCAAAAUUUGGAAAAUAUGCCUAUACAGGGCGUAUUAGCGUCUGAACAAAACAAAGUACUUGUAACAAAUCCGGGAAUCGGACAAGGAGAAAUACCCAUGUCGCAAAGGUCUGAAAUACAUCAGGCAAGAAAACCGGUGAAACAAAAUUUUGAUGGGGCCCAAAGUAUGUCCAGAAAUUCACCGGUUCAUAGUCGCCCAACAACCCCCAGCUUAAUAAAUAAACCACCGCCAAUAAUACCUCACUAUCAAAUGAAUUUAGUUACUGUAGAACAUGCUGCUCCUGAAGGUCGAAUGUACAAACCUUGUACUGAUGAAGCAAGUCGUUCGUCGACACCUAAAAUAGUGUCUCCGUCUCCAGCAACUGUCCCCGUAACAGCUUCUAAUUCCCUAAAAGCACAAGCCCCUCGCAUUAAAGAUUCAAUGCAAAAUCAUAAUGUUAGACAAAAUCAGUCGUCUUCAGAAAAAUUUAUAUCAUCUAAAAAAGAAGAAUAUGAAAUGAAUUUACAAGAUAGCAACGUUAAAAAAUGGCUUCAACAACAACCACCGCUUGUAAAAGAAGAACAGCAAUCUAACUUAGAACAUCACACUGAAACUUACAAUAGAGGUGACGCCCAAAUUAAAGAAGAUGCUGUUCGAAAUCAACAUUAUCGUCAAAGGCAAAUGGAAUCACAGAAUGUUUUUGAACAUGGUAGUACUAUUGUAGAAGCAACAAAAACAACUUAUGAAGAAUUUGAAAGUGCAAAAUCUGCUAAAACUAUAGAAAUUCGACAAGGCUCUUCACAAUCUUCUAACAUACGCCCACAAAUUAAACCAAAUGUUCAACCAUUUAAUUCUAACUUAAAGCAGGUUUAUCCACCCCCCAUUAGCCAAGACACCAUGUCAUCCCAACAAAACUUGUCUUUUAAUACUACUAACGCAAACGUUGCCAUCACUAGUAAUCAAACUGAAGUUUAUCAACCAACUCCUUUUAUAUCUGGUGCUAACCAAGGUCCAGUGUGUGAUCCUACCCCGUCGACAGGUUCCAGUGUAGGAGCUGCCGCUCGUGGCAAAGCUUUUGGUGUAUCAUCAGCCCCGAAAAGGGGAAGAGGAGUCUUAAACAAAGCUGCUCUACCUGGGUCUCGAGUUCCUCUCUGUGCCUCCUGCAAUGGAAACAUUAGGGGUCCAUUUAUUACUGCUUUGGGUCGUAUCUGGUGCCCUGAGCACUUCAUCUGCGUCAAUGCUACCUGCCGACGUCAGUUGCAAGAUAUUGGCUUUGUUGAAGAAAAUGGUCAGCUUUAUUGUGAAUAUUGUUUCGAACAAUAUAUCGCUCCUGCCUGCGAUAAAUGUCAUGCCAAGAUCAAAGGAGAUUGUUUAAACGCUAUUGGUAAACAUUUCCAUCCGGAAUGCUUUAGCUGCGUUUACUGUGGAAAACUUUUUGGAAACAACCCAUUCUUCCUAGAAGACGGAUUACCGUAUUGUGAAGCAGACUGGAACGAGCUGUUCACGACAAAAUGUUUCGCAUGCGGCUUCCCAGUGGAGGCGGGCGACAGGUGGGUCGAGGCGCUCAACAAUAACUACCACAGUCAGUGCUUCAACUGCACGGUGUGCAAAAAGAAUCUCGAGGGACAGAGUUUCUUCGCAAAGGGAGGAAGACCUUUCUGCAAGAUGCACGCCCGCUAGAUUUCCUCAACAACUGAUGUACAAUUCUGACACUGUUUACACGACAACGACUUUCCGUCCCGUUUCAAUAUCUCCAUCAAUUACAACUGACACACCCUCACCGCAGAGAACGAGAAAGUUAGAAACGCCUCUCCACUUCGAUGGAGGGUUAUUUUCUGACAUUAGAAGUACUGACGGGAAGUUACUGAGUAAAGUGACCGUCGACCGAGUUCAUAGCUCGACUCGACACGAUGUCACCGACUCGCCGAAUACGUCUGAAAGCGUAGAUUGGCACGGCAACAAGGAUUACGUUGACGAUAUCGUUAAAACAGAAACUAUAACGAACGAAGACGUUAUAAAAGUAAAGUUUACACCCGUACUCUCUGACUUUGAUUCACUCCCGCAGAGGGUUUCGAUGCAAAUGCCAAAAUCGUUCAGCCCGGUUAAAUAUCUGAGAGAUGACUACGAGGACUUAAACAGUUACAAAAUUGUUAACUCACUUUGUAAGGAAAAUCUUUUAAAAGUGAUUACUGGUGAUGAUACAGAUGAAACGAUUGACUGUGUAACGAGAAGUCCGGCUAAGAGAGGGCACAGCCCUCUGGCAAAUUUAAUCGUGUCUGAGCAACUAACUAAAAUCGAUGGAUAUUUGCAAGAAAGUUUAAACACGUUUUCAGACACUAAAGUCGACUACGGCAGGUCGACUCCUUUCAGUUCUGAGGUAGAGCACCUUAUAAAAACUGAAAUAAUUCAAGAUAACAAGAGUAAGGGCGACUUCACACACGACAACAGAUCUAAUGCUAACAUCUUUUUGGACAGUAGUCAGAAAAAUAAGAGUGAUACUUUGCUAUCUAAUAAUUCGGAUGGAGAGUCUGAUCUUGUAAAAGCUAAACCAAACAGUGUCAAAAUAAAACAUUCGGUAAUAUUAAAUGCUAUCUACAAAAUGCCAAUGCAUUAUCAUGCAGCCAUCCUGUGUCUUUUUUUAAUUGUAUAUAACCUAUUUUAUCAAUACAUUAAGCAAAAGUACUAUGGAAAAUAAUUAUUAUAAUGAUAUAUUUUAUUGUAUUACAAACUAGUCAACAAGUUUAUUUCAAAGAAUUUUUAACUGGUCAGUGAAACUUGUUUAUUUUAUUCCAUUUGUCAAAAAUAAAAAAUGUAAAUAAUGACAGAUAACAAAGCCUUUAUCGUUUGAUAUAAGUUUUUAAUUAUUAACAAUUUGGUGCUUUUCACUUCUAUAAAAUGCUCGCAACGAUGUGAUACUUCACUGCUCUAAUUUUUAAUUUUAAGGCUUUGUAAACAGCUUCCGGAAUGUUUUAGUAAACUGGUACUAACAUUAAAUAGAUAUUUUAUAAUUAUAAUCUUUAAUAUUUUUUAACAGCUGAUUAACAACAUACAAAUAUUUGGUGCACCAACAAAAACGCUUACAUUACAUUUUAAUUAAACACUCGAGGAUAAUAUAAAAAGUAUGUAUGCAUUGUCCAUUUAAUUCAUUGUGCAAAUUGCACAAAUGUAAUUUAAAUAUUUUAUGAGUAAUAAAUAAUUUUUGGUAUUACUUAUUUCUUAAAAUAAUAUUAUUUUGUAAUCUGUAAUCUAUCUAUAGUAAAUUAUGUGAGCUUAAUAAAAAUAUUUUAUUUUA